UGAAACUCUAGGGUUUCACCCCCCCAUAUAUAAGGCUCUCCCUAACCCCGGUUCCGAAACCUUAGCCGCGCGGACGCCCAGCAACGCCUCCUCCCCCUCGCCGCCGCCUCCCGCCUGCGAGCGACCGAUCCGCCGCUGCCGCCACCAUGUCGCUGAUCGCCGGUGAGGACUUCCAGCACAUCCUGCGUCUGCUGAACACCAACGUGGAUGGGAAGCAGAAGAUCAUGUUCGCGCUGACCGCCAUCAAGGGUGUUGGACGCCGCUUCUCCAACAUCGUCUGCAAGAAGGCCGACAUCGACAUGAACAAGAGGGCCGGUGAACUAACUCCGGAGGAGCUGGAACGGCUGAUGACGGUGGUGGCGAACCCUAGGCAAUUCAAGGUGCCGGACUGGUUCCUCAACAGGAAGAAGGACUACAAGGAUGGCAGGUUCUCGCAGGUCGUCUCAAACGCCCUCGACAUGAAGCUCAGGGACGACCUCGAGAGGCUCAAGAAGAUCAGGAACCACCGUGGUCUGCGUCACUACUGGGGCCUCCGAGUUCGUGGCCAGCACACCAAGACUACUGGAAGAAGGGGAAAGACUGUUGGUGUUUCCAAGAAGCGAUAAGCUAUAUAUCCACUUCAGAAAUCUUGUCCAAACUACUGUGUUGGUUUAUCAAUGAAGUAUUCCCGUUUAGACAGUUUUCUCAAAUGAUGUUUUGCCCUAGGAUAAUCUCCUGCAGUUGUGGAACCUUAUAUAUUGUACCUUGUAUGUCUUUUGGAGCUUCUAAGAGUAAUUUGAUUUUGAUGAGACUCUUGCA